AUGGCGAGCAGUUUGGUUUCUCUGACAGCUGUCAUCGGUAGAGGCCACCAGCAUCUGUCGUGCUCGUUGUGCCUAGUGCCGUACGGAACAAGCCUCGAUGCCUACCAAACUGGAGACGCAGCCCAUAACAGAGAGGAAGCGAAGCAGAAAAGGGCGCGGAUGCCUCGUUCGGUGGCCGCGUUGGGGAAGCUGGAGACGAUGCCGCCUCUUGCUUGCAGCCAAGCAUCGGCCAGGCUAUUGACAAGCUUGUGCCUCUGCGGCAUCCAGAUCCGUGGGCCUCAGCUGAAGAUCCGCGGCAAGGCGCAACGCCACGGCUGGUCGGUCACUCCUAACGAUCUGUGUCCGUUAUCCUCGCAAAGCGGCUCAAGUCCAGGAUACGGCGUCUUCUGGCAUCUACUUCGUGUCUGCUUGUCUGUGUGUCGGUGGAAAUUGGCCGUGGCUGGCUGGAGGAGAAAUCUCGCACUCUUUUGGCCGCCCCAAUUUCUGCAGGCCCCGACAAGUCCGGAUGCCAGAGACCGCUAA